AUGGAGAAGUCCUGUCUUUUUGGAUGUGGUUUUCCCACCGGAUAUGGAGCAGCUGUUAAUACUGCCAAGGUGGAGCCUGGUACUACGUGUGCUGUGUUUGGAUUAGGUGCUAUUGGCCUGUCAACCAUUACUGGAUGUAAAGUUUCUGGAGCAUCAAGAAUUAUUGCUAUAGAUAUAAACAGCAGAAAGUUUGAAAAGGCAAAGCUGUUUGGAGCCACUGAUUGCAUCAAUCCUAAAGAUUUUAAAAAGCCAAUCCAAGAGGUAAUCAAGGAAAUGACUGGAGAUGGAGUGGAUUACUCCUUUGAAUGCAUCGGCAGUACAGAUGUUAUGACAGCAGCACUGGAGUGUACUCAUCCAGGAUAUGGAACCAGUGUGGUAAUUGGCGUAGCUCCCCAGGAUGCAAAUAUCACAUUUGAUCCUCUUUUGCUUCUCACAGGACGCACAUGGAAAGGCAGUAUAUAUGGAGGUUUUAAAAGUUUUGACUCAGUGCCCCAGUUGGUUUCUGACUACAUGGCCGGCAAAUUUGAUCUGGAUGGUUUAGUGACUCAUACUUUGCCUUUUACUCAAAUAAAUGAAGGGUUUGAACUUCUCAGAGCUGGAAAAAGGUAG